CGCCGGCCGCUGGCUAAAGAAACCGGCUUCAAACCUUCACCUUACCCCGAAACGCGUUCGAUCGUUAAUGACCACUUUGUAUUGUUUGAAGAUUGACCCCAUUCCCCAGGACACACCGAAACUCUUUGUUUAAUCCCACAGUUUUUACGCACCGCCCUCUCCAUUGGCCGGCUCGGUGGUAAAGUUGAAAGUUCAAGGGUUGUAGAUUCCCUUUAGCAACACCCGAGAAAAAAAUUGGGAAGAACGACAGUUUUAUUCCAGAUUUUUCGAAAGGCUAUGGAAUUGCUGACUGUCUUGGAGCCAGGGGAAACACCCCAAAUAGCAACAUGGUAUGCUCUUGUACCAAAAGGUGAGACUCCAGAUGUUCGAGUUGGUCACACUCUCACAUAUGUACCAGAUACCUCUGAGGAAGGGAAAGUCAUUAUAGUUGGAGGAGCAAAUCCUAAUGGAAGUUUUUCUGAUGCCUAUAUAUUAGAUCUGGGCAAACAUGAGUGGAAUGUACCAGAGUGGAAGGGGUUAUUUCCACGAUAUGAGCACUCCAGCUUUAUUUCAAUGAGCAGACCUGGUGACCUCUGGCUAUUUGGUGGGGCAGAUGAAUGUUCAAACAGGAACUGUGUUCAAGUUUUGAAUUUCGAAACUGGUUUGUGGAGAAGUCCAGCAGUAAAUGGCACUCCACCAACACCCCGGACAUGUCAUGGUUCGACUGCAGCUAUUGGAGAUUGCCUUUAUGUGUUUGGUGGCGGAGACAAAGGAGCAGAACCUGUACCAGAUACACAACUCUACAUGUUUGAUAAAGCCACACUUAGCUGGUCACAGCUGUCAACAGAAGGAAACCCACCAGCUGCAAGGCAUGGCCAUGUGAUGAUUGCUGUGGGUAGCGAAUUGUUCAUCCAUGGAGGAUUAGCAGGGGACAAAUUCUUUAAUGAUAUGUAUGUAAUUGAUACAGCUGUGGUUAACAUGAGAUGGAAAAAAGUAAAAAUGAAGGGUGACAUCCCAAGAGGCUGUGCAGCUCAUUCUGCAAUUUAUCAUGGAAAGUACAUCUUCAUCUUUGGUGGUAUGGAUGUCGCAGGAGCUUUGAAUACCAUGUAUAAAUAUCAUGUAGAAACGAGCUGCUGGACACGGUUGGAAUUUGGUUCCUCCCUCCCAACAGGACGGCUGGAUCAUGCCAUGUGUGUAAUACCCUGGAAAAUAAGAAUGGAAAAUGACACUUUCACUCCUGCAGUAAACAGUAGUGAUGAACUGUCAUCAAAGGUGAAUAAAGACGAGGAAUCUAACCUGCAAAGUAAGACUGAUGUAAGUCUUGCACCAAGGAAUUGUAUAGUGGUUCAAAACCAAAGAGAGAACAUUGUAAAUCUAUGCUUGGUUUUUGGUGGAAUGGACACUCAGGGAGAAAUUUAUAAUGACUGUUUUGUCACACUUAUUGAAGGGUAUUAAUUGUGUAUCCCAAAUCUUAGCAUAGUUACCAUUCAUUUGCACUACAACUCCCUCAACAUGAUUUUGUAAUAGAGAUAAUGGGAACUGCAGAUGCUGGAGAAUUCCAAGAUAAUAAAAUGUGAGGCUGGAUGAA